AUGAGUGAAAAUCUUAAUUUACAAACUAUCAAAUUGGAACCAGCACCAUCAACACCACCUGACGAUAGGACGGCACAACAUGACAUCAAGGCCAAACUGCAAUCUCAUGUGAAACGUCGUCUGCAUGAAUACGGACAGAGUACAGGAGAAGAUAACAGCAACAACAGUCAACUAAUGGAAUCCCAUUCCGCGACAGGUGCCAGCGCCGCCACAUUUGGUGACAACCACAAAAAAGAACCACAAACGAAAGAUGGAGUACGACAAAAACGGCCCUAUCACAAGAGAAGUGACAAAUUAAAAGAUUCUUCUGCUGCAGCUGCUGCUUCGACUUCAACACCACCACCACCAAGGAAAUACAAACCGAAAGUGAAACAGCCGGUUGUCUCCGAUUCCCAUGAUGAUAACAGCAUGCCGGCUACAAGUAAUAUGCCAUCGGGGGCCAUAAGUGCUGGGGAUGAAGAUGAGACGGCCGUCGGUCAGGAUAAUGAUAUGCGUACCAGUCGUGAAAAAGAGAAAUGUCCCGAUGUCUUGGCAAUGGUAUUGAGUAUGAAAAAGCGAGCACUGAUGCAAGAUCCAGAGGUGCAAAAAUUUCUUAUGGAUGUUAUGAAUGUAAUAAAAAGUUGA